UAAGCUGUUAGCAAAAAAAUUUCUUUCGCUAGCUAAAAGAUUUGUUUAUAACUUAAAGCUUCCUAACCGGCCAAAGAAUCUAACAAACAAUGCGCCAUAAUCGGGUUCGGGGGUUCGGAUUUAACGAAAUGGUUCAGUUAAUCGAGCAAGUUCACGCUCAUACCGUUUUGUGGGACGUUCGACACAAAAGACAUUUAAAUGGGGCACACUUAAAAAAGGCCUGGGAGAGCGUAGCAGCUGGACUAAAUAAGGACCCCGUUAUUUGCAAAACAGCCUGGCAAUCAUUGCGGGACAGCCAUAGGUAUUACUCCAAAAUGGGGCAGAAGAAAGGAUCGAGUUGGGUCAGUAGCAGGUGGAGCCUUUCUUCCCACUUAAGUUUCCUGCCCAAGGACAACAAAGAAAGAUGGAAAUCAUCUUCGCCGACACUCAAUCCCCUUGAGUUGGAAGACAGCUUAUCCGCUCAGGAUAAGGACUUUGAAUGCGAAGAGGCAGCCUCCCAGCUGGAAACAGAUAUCAGUAGCUUAAUUGAGGAAUCUAGGCAUCUGGACAAGGAUCUCUCGAAUUGGACUGGGGACUUGUGCUCAUCCAUUGGCAAAAGAGAAGAGUUGUCACCGAUAAAAGAGGAGGAACAUAAACAUAAGCCAAAGACUAGUCCUUCCAGGCCAAUUUUUGCUUACUGGGAGUCGUUACUGAACAAGAUGGCCCCGGAAGAUGCCGAUGCAGCCGAGCAGCAGAUGACGCAAACGCUCUGGGCCGAGAUGGCGGCUAUAAAGUAUAAUAAAGGUCGCUAGUUUAGAGUUUUAAGAGUUAUUACCAUAGUUUGAGAUAAGGCCAAAGUCUUGGGAACUUAUUCCUUCGUUAUAACGAUAAUAUUUUGAUAACUUGUUCUACGAAACGAAUAGACCUAAUAAACGUGUUGUUAAGUUUCCUGCAGAAACUCACAUA